CUCUCUCCCUCUCUCUCUGGGCGGUGCAGCGCUCUGUCACAGAGACACUUCACAUUGUUGCCUCGAAUUGUGUGAACUUCCUUUUGCUUGCUGUAACAAGACGAACACAAAAAUUACAAGCAAAGAUAAUCAAAUCUGUGAACGGGAGGGGCGGAGACAUGGGCACCCUCUUCGUCUUCUGGUUAACCCUUUCGGGGACACUCAUCUGACAGCUUUAUGGCGAGCCGCGGUGCCCUGUUGCAGUUUGUAAUUUGCAGAAAUCCUACCAGCACAGAACACAGGGGAAUAGUUUGCUAAUCUCGCCGCCCUUGCUCUGUGACCACGUCGAUGACAGAUAUUUUUUUAGUGGCACACUAGCACUGCAUUUAAGGUGCCUUGGAUUUUUCCAUGGUUCCUCUUAUUCUAAAAAAAAAAAGUGUCUGUGGCGUAUAUUUAAAACACACACACGACGUGCAAGACAAGUGACACUGACGGCAGCUGGAUUUCUUAGUGCAGGUGUUGAUAUGGAGGGAUCAAGGUGGACCACAACCUCCUCGGCGGCUUCAAAAGAACUCAACAAGUGCUUUUAAAAAAAAAAAAAGGUUUAUUUUUCCAUCAACUCAUUGCAUUAACAUGAACGCGGCGUCAAUACUUGGAGGGGAGGAAAAAAAAGUUUUUAUUUUUUAAUUAUUUUUUAUUAACAGAAAAUUAAUGUUCCUGAAAAAGUCAAUUAGAUAAUAGUAAUAAUAAUAUAUAUUUUUUUAAAAAAAUGACUUCGGUUUGGAAAAGACUUCAGCGAGUUGGAAAGCGAGCAUCUAAGUUUCAGUUCGUGGCGUCCUACCAAGAACUGGUGGUAGAGUGUACAAAAAAGUGGCAGCCAGACAAGCUGAUUGUUGUGUGGACUCGGAGAAACAGACGCAUCUGCUCCAAGCCUCACGGAUGGCAGCCGGGCAUUAAGAACCCGUAUCGGGGCAUGGUGGUGUGGCCAGUGCCAGAGAACGUGGACAUCACUGUCACGCUGUACAAGGACGCACAUACAGAUGAGUUUGAAGACAAGGACUGGACCUUCGUCAUUGAAAACGAGUCGAAGGGACACCGCAAGGUCCUGGCCUCGGUGGAUGUGAACAUGCGCAAGUACGCCAGCGCCAUGCCCACCCAGACUGACCUCACACUCAGACUCAAGCCGCUGUCUGUCAAGGUGGUGGAGGCCACGCUGAAGCUGUCCUUGUCCUGCGUCUUCCUGAGGGAGGGCAAAGCCACGGAUGAGGACAUGCAGAGUCUGGCCAGUCUGAUGAGCGUGAAGCCAACGGACAUCGGCAACCUGGACGAUUUCGCGGACAGCGACGAGGAAGAGGACAGGAGGGCCUCCGGAGCCACAGCUCACCCCCCUGUCUUCUCUUCGGGGUUCAAGGAGAGACGGCUCUACACGGCUACCUGCCUCCCCCCUCCUCACAGCACUGCUGCUAUCGCCUCUGUGCCUGUGGCCCCUGGGCAUGUGGUCCCUUGCCGUGUGGCCCCUGUGCGUGUAGCCCCUGUGCGUGUGGCCCCUGGGCAUCUUACCCCUUGCCGUGUGGCCCCUGUGGCCCCUGUGCCUGAGGGCCCUGUGCGUGAGGCCCCUGUGCCUGUCAUUGCUUCAGGGUUCAAGGAGAGGAGCCCCCCUCCCAGCGCUGCAGUGCCAGCCCCUGUGCCUGCUUCAGUGCCCCCUCGCCCCUCUGAGUUCACCCCUCUCUCAGUCCCAGGCCCUGUGCCUGUGGCCCCUUGCCGUGUGUCCCGUGUGCGUGAGGCCCCUGUGCCUGUGGUCCCUGUGCCCGACAUUGCUUCAGGGUUCAAGGAGAGGAGCCCCCGUCCCAGCGCUGCAGUGUCAGCCCCUGUGCCUGCUUCAGUGCCCCCUCGCCCCUCUGAGUUCACCCCUCUCUCAGUCCCGGGCCCUGUGCCUGUGGCCCCUUGCCGUGUGUCUCGUGUGCGUGAGGUCCCUGUGCCUGUGGUCCCUGUGCCCGACAUUGCUUCAGGGUUCAAGGAGAGGAGCCCCCCUCCCAGCGCUGCAGUGCCAGCCCCUGUGCCUGCUUCAGUGCCCCCUCGCCCCUCUGAGUUCACCCCUCUCUCAGUCCCGGGCCCUGUGCCUGUGGCCCCUUGCCGUGUGUCCCGUGUGCGUGAGGCCCCAGUGCCUGUGGCCCCUGUGCCCGACAUUGCUUCAGGGUUCAAGGAGAGGAGCCCCCCUCCCAGCGCUGCAGUGCCAGCCCCUGUGCCUGCUUCAGUGCCCCCUCGCCCCUCUGAGUUCACCCCUCUCUCAGUCCCGGGCCCUGUGCCUGUGGCCCCUUGCCGUGUGUCCCGUGUGCGUGAGGCCCCAGUGCCUGUGGCCCCUGUGCCCGACAUUGCUUCAGGGUUCAAGGAGAGGAGCCCCCCUCCCAGCGCUGCAGUGCCAGCCCCUGUGCCUGCUUCAGUGCCCCCUCGCCCCUCUGAGUUCACCCCUCUCUCAGUACUGGACACUGUGCCUGAGGGCCCUGUACCUGUGGCCCCUGUGUGUGUGACCUCUGGGCAUGUGGCCCCUGUACAUGUGACACCUGUGCGUGAGGUCCCUGUACCUGUGGCCCCUGUGCCUGUCAUUGCUUCAGGGUUCAAGGAGAGGAGCCCCCCUCCCAGCGCUGCAGUGCCCGCUUCAUUGCCCCCUCGCCCCUCUGAGUUCACCCCUCUCUCAGAGACCCAGAGACAGCUGGGCACCCUGCAAGAAGAGGCGGACGAUCUCGGAGACACUGCCUUCAGCUUUCCAAAGAUUAAGGACCAGCAGUCCGGCGGCAGGCUACCAGAAAACCAGAUGAAGCCAACAUUGAAGUCAGCCGUGGAGGCUCAACCCAGAGCUGUGAGCACUGGCAAGCCAGAGGACUUCCUGAGGACAACCAGGGCCGCAGGCAGUGUGAGCAUAUCCAAGCAGAGCGCCGCCCAGCCUGGAGGAGAACCAGGUCUGACACCAGAGGACAGAGCAGCGACAGGCAGAGCAGACAGACAGGCGACCGCCGCUAAAGAAAGCCAAGAAGCCACGCCCCCACUGCCACUUCUCGUGAAGCCUGGAGAUGCCACACCCAAGAUGGAGGCCCCUGCUGCUGCUGCUGCUUCCUCGGGCCCUGCUAAGGAGCCCCAGGCCCAGGCAGGGGUGGGCAAGAACCCAUUUGAAGACGAUAUGAAAGAAACCGCGCCAUUGGCCGGCCCCACUGCUACACCGAAGAAGGGUGCCAAUCAAAAGGAGAGCCUGCAGUCUGGAUCGGGAUUGGUGGGUCUGAAGAAGGAGGAGGGGCUCAUGCGCAAAGUGGAGGCUGCGACAGAGAAAGGGGGCAAGAGAACGGAGAGUUUAGCCAACACUGUGCAGCCAUCUAGACCAGAAGCAGCCUUUGCCCCUGCUGACCCAUCCACACAGCUGCCCAUAUUAGAGGGAGCCCAAAUCUCAGGGAGUGCGUCCCAGUCUGUACCUCCAGCCAAACCAGAGGACAGAGCAGCGACAGACAAAGCAGACAGACAGGCGACCGCCGCUAAAGAAAGCCAAGAAGCCACCCCCCCACUGCCACUUCUUGUGAAGCCUGGAGGUGCCACACCCAAGAUGGAGGCCCCUGCUGCUGCUGCUGCUUCCUCGGGCCCUGCUAAGGAGCCCCAAACCCAGGCAGGGGUGGGCAAGAAACCCUUGGUGGAGGUGAAAGAACCCAUGCCAUUGGCCGCCCCCACUGCCACACCUGAGAAGGGAGCCAAUCAAAAGGAGGAGAGCCUCCAGUCAGGAAGGGGAUUGGAUGGUCUGAAGAAGGGGGAGGGGUCUCCAGCACAGAAGGAGAUGGAGAGGCCUGCAGAGGAGGGGCCCAUGCGCAAAGUGGAGGCUGCGGCAGGGAAAGGGGACAGGGGAACGGAGACUUUAGCCAACACUGUGCAGCCAUCUAGACCAGAAACAGCUGUUGCCCCUGCUGACCCGUCCACACAGCUGCCCAGAUUAAACGGAGCCCAAAUCUCAGGGAGUGCGGCCAAGUCUGUACCUCCAGCCAAAACGGAGGACAGAGCAGCGACAGACAAAGCAGACAGACAGGCGACCGCCGCUAAAGAAAGCCAAGAAGCCACCCCCCCACUGCCACUUCUCGUGAAGCCUGGAGAUGCCACACCCAAGAUGGAGGCCCCUGCUGCUGCUGCUGCUUCCUCGGGCCCUGCUAAGGAGCCCCAAGCCCAGGCAUGGGUGGGCAAGAAACCCUUGGUGGAGGUGAAAGAACCCAUGCCAUUGGCCGCCCCCAUUGCCAUACUGAAGACAGGGGCCAAUCAAAAGAAGGAAAGCCUCCAGUCUGGUUCGGAAUUGGAGGGUCUGAAGGUGGAGAGGCCUCCAGCACAGAAGGAGGAGGAGAGGCCUGCAGAGGAGGGGCCCAUGCGCAAAGUGGAGGCUGCGGCAGGGAAAGGGGACAGGGGAACGGAGACUUUAGCCAACACUGUGCCGCCAUCUAGACCAGAAGCAGCCGUUGCCCCUCCUGACCCGUCCACACAGCUGCCCAGAUUAGAGGGAGCCCAAAUUUCAGGGAGUGUGGCUAAAUCUGUACCUCCAGCCAAACCAGAGGACAGAGCAGCGACAGGCAGAGCAGACAGACAGGCGACCGCCGCUAAAGAAAGCCAAGAAGCCACGCCCCCACUGCCACUUCUCGUGAAGCCUGGAGAUGCCACACCCAAGAUGGAGGCCCCUGCUGCUGCUGCUGCUUCCUCGGGCCCUGCUAAGGAGCCCCAAGCCCAGGCAGGGGUGGGAAAGAAGCCAUUGGUGGAGAUGAAAAUACCCAUGCCAUUGGCCGCCCCCACUGCCACACCUGAGAAGGGAGCCAAUCAAAAGGAGGAGAGCCUCCAGUCAGGAAGGGGAUUGGAUGGUCUGAAGAAGGGGGAGGGGUCUCCAGCAGGGAAGGAGAUGGAGAGGCCUGCAGAGGAGGGGCCCAUGCGCAAAGUGGAGGCUGCGGCAGGGAAAGGGGACAGGGGAACGGAGACUUUAGCCAACACUGUGCAGCCAUCUAGACCAGAAACAGCUGUUGCCCCUGCUGACCCGUCCACACAGCUGCCCAGAUUAAACGGAGCCCAAAUCUCAGGGAGUGCGGCCAAGUCUGUACCUCCAGCCAAAACGGAGGACAGAGCAGCGACAGACAAAGCAGACAGACAGGCGACUGCCGCUAAAGAAAGCCAAGAAGCCACCCCCCCACUGCCACUUCUCGUGAAGCCUGGAGAUGCCACACCCACGAUGGAGGCCCCUGCUGCUGCUGCUGCUUCCUCGGGCCCUACUAAGGAGCCCCAAGCCCAGGCAUGGGUGGGCAAGAAACCCUUGGUGGAGGUGAAAGAACCCAUGCCAUUGGCCGCCCCCAUUGCCAUACUGAAGACAGGGGCCAAUCAAAAGAAGGAAAGCCUCCAGUCUGGUUCGGGAUUGGAUGGUCUGAAGGUGGAGAGGCCUCCAGCACAGAAGGAGGAGGAGAGGCCUGCAGAGGAGGGGCCCAUGCGCAAAGUGGAGGCUGCGGCAGGGAAAGGGGACAGGGGAACGGAGACUUUAGCCAACACUGUGCAGCCAUCUAGACCAGAAACAGCCGUUGCCCCUGCUGACCCGUCCACACAGCUGCCCAGAUUAGAGGGAGCCCAAAUCUCAGGGAGUGUGGCCCAGUCUGUACCUCCAGCCAAACCAGUGGACAGAGCAGCGACAGACAAAGCAGACAGACAGGCGACCGCCGCUAAAGAAAGCCAAGAAGCCACCCCCCCACUGCCACUUCUCGUGAAGCCUGGAGAUGCCACAUCCACGAUGGAGGCCCCUGCUGCUGCUGCUGCUUCCUCGGACCCUGCUAAGGAGCCCCAAGCCCAGGCAGUGGUGGGCAAGAAGCCCUUGGUGGAAAUGAAAGAACCCAUGCCAUUGGCUGCCCCCACUGCCACACCUGAGAAGGGGGCCAAUCAAAAGGAGGAGAGCCUCAAGUCAGGAAGGGGAUUGGAGGGUCUGAAGAAGGGUGAAGGGUCUUCAGCAGGGAAGGAGGUGGAGAGGCCUGCAGAGGAGGGGCCCAUGCGCAAAGUGGAGGCUGCGGCAGGGAAAGGGGACAGGGGCACGGACAGUUUAGCCAACACUGUGCAGCCAUCUAGACCAGAAGCAUUCGUUGCCCCUGCUGACCCGUCCACACAGCUGCCCAGAUUAAAGGGAGCCCAAAUCUCAGGGAGUGCGUCCCAGUCUGUACCUCCAGCCAAACCAGAGGACAGAGCAGCGACAGACAAAGCAGACAGACAGGCAACCGCCGCUAAAGAAAGCCAAGAAGCCACCCCCCCACUGCCACUUCUCGUGAAGCCUGGAGAUGCCACUCCCAAGAUGGAGGCCCCUGCUGCUGCUGCUUCCUCGGGCCCUGCUAAGGAGCCCCAAGCCCAGGCAGGGGUGGUCAAGAAGCCCUUGGUGGAGAUGAAAGAACCCAUGCCAUUGGCCGCCCCCACUGCCACACCUGAGAAGGGGGCCAAUCAAAAGGAGGAGAGCCUCCAGUCAGGAAGGGGAUUGGAGGGUCUGAAGAAGGGUGAGGGGUCUCCAGCAGGGAAGGAGGUGGAGAGGCCUGUAGAGGAGGGGCCCAUGCGCAAAGUGGAGGCUGCGGCAGGGAAAGGGGACAGGGGAACGGAGACUUUAGCCAACACUGUGCCGCCAUCUAGACCAGAAGCAGCCGUUGCCCCUGCUGACCCGUCCACACAGCUGCCCAGAUUAAAGGGAGCCCAAAUCUCAGGGAGUGCGUCCCAGUCUGUACCUCCAGCCAAACCAGAGGACAGAGCAGCAACAGACAAAGCAGACAGACAGACGACCGCCGCCAAAGAAAGCCAAGAAGCCACGCCCCCACUGCCACUUCUCGUGAAGCCUGGAGAUGCCACACCCACGAUGGAGGCCCCUGCUGCUGCUGCUGCUGCUGCUGCUGCUUCCUCGGGCCCUGAUAAGGAGCCCCAAGCCCAGGCAGGGGUGGGCAAGAAGCCCUUGGUGGAGAUGAAAGAACCCAUGCCAUUGGCUGCCCCCACUGCCACACCUGAGAAGGGGGCCAAUCAAAAGGAGGAGAGCCUCCAGUCAGGAAGGGGAUUGGAGGGUCUGAAGAAGGGUGAGGGGUCUCCAGCAGGGAAGGAGGUGGAGAGGCCUGUAGAGGAGGGGCCCAUGCGCAAAGUGGAGGCUGCGGCAGGGAAAGGGGACAGGGGUUCCAUUCCACUGCAGAAGGGGGUGCUGAAGCCCAAAGCGGAUCUUCCAGUCCCAGCAAUUCGUCUGAAGAAGAGACUGAGCUUCACCCAAUCAGAGGACAGCACCCCGCCCCGCUCUACAGAGUCAUCCUGCACAGGGAGCCCCGAGACCAAGCGAGCCCACAGCAACGGAGUCCCGGCACCAGCCAGUCAGAGCCCGGCACAGCCCCCCGCAGCCAAUCCCCUCGUAGCACCCAAGCGCACCAAGAAGAAGGUCCCGCCCCCUCCUGUGUCGAUCGCGGAGACCCCAGAGAGAUGGGAGCAGAGUGAGAGGAGCGAGGCCGCAGCAGUGCACCCGAGUCCUCUCCCCAGUCCAGGGCUGGUCAGUUCGAGCCAGUCUCUUCUGGAAUGGUGCCAGGAGGUUACCAAGGGUUACCGUGCUGUACGCAUCACUAACUACACCACAUCCUGGCGCACUGGCAUGGGCUUCUGUGCCAUCCUGCACCACUUCCACCCAGAAAAGAUAGACUAUGAUGCUUUAGACCCUCAGGACAUCAAAAACAACAACAGGAAGGCCUUCAACGGCUUUGAAAGCCUGGGGAUUUCCCGUCUCCUGGAGCCCGCCGACAUGGUCCUUCUGUCGGUGCCGGACAAGCUGAUAGUCAUGACCUACCUGUGCCAGAUCCGCGCCCACUUCACAGGCCAGGAGCUCAACGUGAUUCAGAUCGAACACAACAGCAGCCAGAGCACUUACAAGGUGGGAAGCUUCGACACAGACACCCACUGCUCCGUCGAGCCAGCCCAGUUCUACGCCGACCGCAUCCAGGCUUCGGGGCUCAAACCCCGGCCCGAAGAGCCCAAGACCUUCCAGGGGGCCGUGGACAAGGAGAGGGAGCUCAACAAGUGCUGUACCCAGGAGGAGAAGGAGAGUACUGGGGGAAUGCUGGACUCCACUGCAAAGGAUUCUCAACCGGCCUCUAAUGGGAAAGCUAACGGUGCCGAGGUGAAACCGGGGGACUUAGUGCCGCCCCCCCGGACCAAACGGACUCUACUGAAGGUGGAGGGCUUGGAGGAGAGAGUGGAGGGGGAGAGGGAGAGGCUGGGGAUUCAGGGGGGGCCCGUGGCGCCGCCACGCACACACACAGCCGCCAAGUCGGGCUUCUCUCACGUGAGAGAUGCGGACCUGGUGAAGAAGCGGCGGUCUCGUCUGAAGAGCGACUCGCAGUCCAUGGACGAGUCCGAGGUCACGGAAUCCAGCCCCCAGGGGAGAACUGAGACCCCCCUUUCUGAAGCUGGAUCAGCUUCACCUGUGAGACGGCAGAGCCAGGAGACAGAGGGAGAAGGGAAGGCUCCAAAACCAGUUGCAGCAGAGCAGAGGAGAGACAUCGCUGAGGAACACAAGCAGGCAGAUGAGGAGUACCUGAAGCUGAAAGACACCAGUCAGUACGUGCUGAGCGAACUGCAAGCACUGGAGAACGAACAGAAACACAUUGACAGCAGAGCCAGCGUGGUAGAGAGGAAACUGAGAGAGACCAUGGGCUCAGGUACGAACAGGCUGGAGGAAGAGGAUCUGAUCCAGGAGUGGUUCAUUCUGGUGAACAAGAAAAACGCUCUGAUCAGGAGGCAGGACCACCUGCAGCUGCUUGAGGAAGAGCAGGACCUGGAGCGCAGGUUCGAGCUGCUGAACCGGGAGCUGCGAGCCAUGAUGGGAAUCGAAGACUGGAUGAAGACGGAGGCCCAGCAGCACAGAGAGCAGCUGCUGCUGCAGGAACUCAUCUCCCUGGUGAACAAGCGUGACGAGCUGGUGCGAGACAUGGACGCCCGGGAGAGAGGGGCUCUGGAGGAAGACGAGCGGCUGGAGAGAGGAUUGGAGCAGAGGAGGAGGAAGUACAGCCGGAAAGAGAAGUGUGUGAUCCAGUGAGAGGGGAGGGGUCUGGGUCAGUUCAGAACCAGGGCUUCUCAACACCACCCUGCAGGACCGCACACCCCCUGUGAGCGUGUGUGCGUGUGUGCGUGUGCGUGUGUGUGUGUGUGUGUGUGUUCAUAAGAAGUGCCUUGACUGUGAGCUUUGUUUUUAGGUUUUUUUCUUUUAAAUAUUGUAUUUGUAACCCUGAAACACGGCUGUAUGAGACAGAGCAGCACAGGAGACACAGUGAAGCCAUCCCCAAAUCCACACCAGCAACAUCAAACUUUACUGUCUCAACACAAGAAUCCUGCCAACGUCUUGCGUGUUUGUUGUUUUUAGGAUUUAUUUUCAUUUUUAUUUGUUUCGUCACGUUUGCGUUAAAAGGUACUGCCUGUAAAUCCUACAAGUGGCGUGCGAAAAUGAAAUAUUUGCUAUGGAGGUUGUGUUGUUGGCUCACCUGUGCUCAUUUUAAGGUUAGUUUUACAUCCAUAUAUUAAAUUCAACUUUAAUCUUUUCAUAUUUACUGAGGUUGUUUAAAGACACGCUCACAUAAAAAAAAACAGAUGCAAAAUAGGACCUAAGAAAUGGAUAGGAUUUGACACAAAUGCAAAAAAUAAGAGUCAAUAGAAAAGUUCAUUAAUGCAAAUGACUCCCCAAUAUAUUAGUAGUUCCAUUAAAGGUGAAACCACUUCCAUAGCAAAUAUUUCCAUCUAGAUCCUUUUAUUAUCAACUUCGAGUUGUCAAUUACUGUUUGUUAUUGUCAGUUUGAAUUGCCAAAAGGAAUGCUCAGGCCUAAUGCAAAGGCAGGCUACAGUUUGAACCUCUGAUGUUCAAUGAAUUAUUUCAGUGUAGAAACACAACCCCCUUCUCCCCAGUACCUGGAGAUGCUGGGCUGUGGUACGAAAUCCACUCACUGUGCGAGGCAGCCCAUGCGUGUCUCUGGAGAGCACUGUCCACUCACUGUGCGAGGCAGCCCAUGCGUGUCUCUGGAGAGCACUGUCCACUCACUGUGCGAGGCAGCCCAUGCGUGUCUCUGGAGAGCACUGUCCACUCACUGUGCGAGGCAGCCCAUGCGUGUCUCUGGAGAGCACUGUCCACUCACUGUGCGAGGCAGCCCAUGCGUGUCUCUGGAGAGCACUGUCCACUCACUGUGCAAGGCAGCCCAUGAGUGUCUCUGGAGAGCACUGUCCACUCACUGUGCGAGGCAGCCCAUGCGUGUCUCCGGAGAGCACUGUCCACUCACUGUGCGAUGCAGCCCAUGCGUGUCUCUGGAGAGCACUGUCCACUCACUGUGCGAGGCAGCCCAUGCGUGUCUCCGGAGAGCACUGUCCACUGACUGUGCGAUGCAGCCCAUGCGUGUCUCUGGAGAGCACUGUCCACUCACUGUGCGAGGCAGCCCAUGCGUGUCUCUGGAGAGCACUGUCCACUCACUGUGCGAUGCAGCCCAUGCGUGUCUCUGGAGAGCACUGUCCACUCACUGUGCGAGACAGCCCAUGCGUGUCUCUGGAGAGCACUGUCCACUCACUGUGCGAUGCAGCCCAUGCGUGUCUCUGGAGAGCACUGCACAGAGUUUAUGCAUUAAGUUUUAUUGUAUUGCUACUCCCUGUAUUUGCACUAUAUGUAAUACUUAUGUUUGGGAAUAAAGCCAUUUUGGACACUCCAAAAA